GUGCCCACCAUCUUGACUACAUUGACAGACGCCCUGGCACAGAAGCGGGUGGAAAACACUGACAGGAAUUUUCGAAGAAUAUCGACCAAAUUUCAUACAUAUGCUGCUGCACUUCAGGACCAACAGAAAAGGCGGUCUGGUGUUGAUCCCGGCUAUCCAUCCGCCUCCACUCCUCUGGAUGAUUUGCGGCAAGCUCUUCGCCAGGAAUUGGACGCCUUUCUCCUUUCGAUACAAAAGUCUGAACUUGUAGUCCAGGCAGAACAGAUGCAGGCGCAGGAAUACCAUGAUAACCGUACACGAAUAUUGGAUGAGCACGAUUCGAUACGCUUUGAAAUUGAGAACCUUCGUGAGGAGCUGCAAGAGGCGGAACUACAGAAAGAAAGGAAGAAGGAAUACGAUGUCAUCGCUGCCAGGGUCAAUAACCUCCCUCAGAGAUCCGAAUUGAACGCGUGCGUACAAGUUUAG